ACCUCUCGGUUGCCAUUUGCGAGUCGUCCAUUCAGCCGUGCGGUGGUGUCCCAGUGAUCUUGCUGUCAUCCCGCGUUAUAUCGAGUCCGAAUCCGAAUCCAAGUUCCGACCACAAACAUGCUGCUGUGUCGCGUUGUGCUGGCACUGCUGCUACUUGUGCUACUCCACUACUGCCAGGCGGAGGAUGAAGGCGAAACCACCCAGCAUGGAGCAGUGCUGGUCUCCCUGGCUGAGACCAUGGCCAGAGCGGCAGGAUCGCAGCUCGUCCAAGCCGAUCCCUUCAUCUCGCGCAACCAGAAGCAGUGCUUUGAGACCCGCAGUCUGGUGUCCUGCAUCAAGUACAAGGCCAGCAAAUUGAUCUGGAAGCUGGCCACCAACAGCAUGGGCUUCUUCCCCAGCGAGUACGGGCGAGAUCUGGCCGGGGACAGAGGCCGCUGGCUGAGAUUAGUCCAGUUGGGCGAGCCCGCCGACGAGGUGGUCGUGUUCAACGACGCCAAGAGCUUGGAAGGUGACAGCGAACUGACGAUGAUUCUCAAGUUCCUGAAGAGGGCAGUGGAGACCUUUGGGCGAAACCACGGACUCCAACUGAGGCUGAACAGCGAGGGUGGAGCGAGAGUCAUGGAGGAAUCGGAAGCCCGAUUGAAGCGCAAGAAGAAGAAGUGGCUCAUCAUCCUGCCCCUCGUCAUCCUGAUGAAGAUCGCUCACCUGAAGAUGACUUUGGUGAGCAUGCUGAUGGGCGUGCUGGGCAUGAACGUGCUGCUGGUCGGCGGCGUGGGCUGGCUGAUCCACUACCUUAAGUACAAGACCAUGUGCAAGAUCCACCCGCACCUGGUGCAGACGCACUCGCACGUCUACGAGUCAGAUCCCUCGGACUACUCCCAGUUCGUGGGCAGCGGCAGCUACUCCAACUCGUACUCCCCGUACAGCUCCGGAUCGGGAGCUCCUCACGAGUUGGGCGGCAAUAGCUACAGCAAGGACUGGGCCACGAGUAAGGCCUACAACGCGCACAACUAUCUGGACACGAUCAGCAAGCGGAUACAGUAGGGGAUCCGAGGAACCAAACGGACUUGUGCCAACUAUACCGAAACCUAGUAAAUUGUUACUCGUCGCCGUCAUCGCGCCAUUAGCUUAGGUAAUUUAUUUGUAUCCUAAUAAAGAUAUAUAUUUUUUUUUUUAAUCUGCAAACCCA